GUGAGAGGAUCUGUGUUUUUCACAUUUUUCACAUAGAAAAAAAUGAAGAUUUAUGCCGCUUGUUUGCUGUUGAUCUGGGCUGAAACAGCCCAAACUGCCUGCUAUUAUGACCAGUAUCGUUGUGGGGACGGAAGGUGCAUUUCCCGAAGAUACAUCUGUGAUGGAGGUUAUGACUGCAGAGACGGGAGCGACGAGAGGAACUGCUAUGGGUCAUGGGGCACAACGACUACAAAUCCUCAAUGGCACUGGAUGACUUACACCCAAACUGCCUGCAAUUAUGACCAGUAUCGUUGUGGGGACGGAAGGUGCAUUCCCCGAAGAUACGUCUGUGAUGGAGGCCAUGACUGCAGAGACAGGAGCGACGAGAGGAACUGCUAUGGGUCAUGGGGCACAACGACUACAAAUCCUCAAUGGCUCUGGAUGACUUACACCCAAACUGCCUGCAAUUAUGACCAGUAUCGUUGUGGGGACGGAAGGUGCAUUCCCCGAAGAUACGUCUGUGAUGGAGGCCAUGACUGCAGAGACAGGAGCGACGAGAGGAACUGCUAUGGGUCAUGGGGCACAACGGCUACAACUCAACCAUAUCCUACUACUCCAGCCCAAACUAUCUGCAAUUAUGACCAGUAUCGUUGUGGGGACGGAAGAUGCAUUCCCCAAAGAUACAUCUGUGAUAACUACUCCGACUGCAGUGACGGGAGUGACGAGAGGAACUGCUAUGGGUCAUGGGGCACAACGGCUACAACUCAACCAUAUCCUACUACUCCAGCCCAAACUAUCUGCAAUUAUGACCAGUAUCGUUGUGGGGACGGAAGAUGCAUUCCCCAAAGAUACAUCUGUGAUAACUACUCCGACUGCAGUGACGGGAGUGACGAGAGGAACUGCUAUGGGUCAUGGGGCACAACGGCUACAACUCAACCAUAUCCUACUACUCCAGCCCAAACUGCCUGCAAUUAUGACCAGUAUCGUUGUGGGAACGGAGGAUGCAUUCCCCAACGCUGGGUCUGUGAUGGAGGUUCUGACUGCAGUGACGGGAGUGACGAGAGGAACUGCUAUGGGUCAUGGGGCACAACGGCUACAACUCAACCAUAUCCUACUACUCCAGCUCAACCAUAUCCUACUACUCCAGCCCAAACUGCCUGCAAUUAUGACCAGUAUCGUUGUGGGGACGGAAGGUGCAUUUCCCGAAGAUACGUCUGUGAUGGUGGUUAUGACUGCAGAGACGGGAGCGACGAGAGGAACUGCUAUGGGUCAUGGGGCACAACGACUACAACCCAAACUACCUGCAAUUAUGACCAGUAUAGUUGUGGGGAUGGAAGGUGCAUUCCCCAAACAUACCUCUGUGAUGGAGAUUCCGACUGUAGCUACGGGAGUGACGAGAGGAACUGCAAUUUUCCAAACCCACUAAUUAGAGUGUACAGACUUGAGGACAGCCAUGAGGAUGAAGUCAUAGUUUCCUGUCAACACAAUGGUAAUUUUCGUCGAUACCAAAUGCAGCUGAAAGUGAUGAUGGAAAAUAGAAACUUCACUCUAUCCAACAACAGUAGGUCUGGAGUGAACGAGUUCUUAUUCAAGAUCAAUGUGUCUUCACCUGCUUUCCUCACGUGUGUUGAGGAACACUUAGGCCUACACAGAACUCUUCUGAGCGAUGUGUUCACCUUCAGUAAGCGUACGGACACUUAUGGCACAGAGGUGUCUCCAUCCUACAAGGUCUUUGCAGGAUUAUUGGGGUUCAUGCUCGUGAUCAUGAUUUCUGUGGUGAUGGUGGCGACACUGUGGAAGACACAGAUAGAAAAACAGCGGAACAACCUGAAAUUCCGCGUCUCAGAAGACCCUGUAUAUGUUUGAUCCUUUAAAACAAGCUUUCUUUUUUCUCUAUUCUUAUGCUUAAGUGAAUAAUUGUUUAGAGCUUCAUCUUUUAAUCCUACUGUUAUAUACAUUAGGGUAAUGAAACAAGAUUAUGAUGAUACUCCGAGGCCAGGUGCAUGUAUAAUGCGAGAGAUCUUAAAGAUUCUAUCACUUUAUUGAAUGCCAUUUAUUGCGUCAUUUUUUUCAUGUUGUACUCAUAUCGUACAGAAUACCUAGCGUAUGCUUACAGUAAGAAGUGAAUGAAUGAAAGAGUACAUGGAUAUGCACCAUGUUUGCAUGGCCAUGAUUCUGCUCAUGUGUGGAGUUUUAAAACAUUUAAUAAUUUAUUUAAAUAAUGAGAUAAUGUCAUGUGAUUUUACAUAAUUCAGCUUUACCACGUAAUAAUAAUAAUGAUAAUAAUAAUAAUAGGUUGAAUCUUUUAGAUGUCUAGUAUUAAUUUAGUGUCGGUUUAUCAAAUAAACCAAAGAGUUCCAUACAGCAUGUAUAUCAACUCAUUUUUGCUUUUGUACACUUGUGCAUUUGCACCCUCUACUUUCCCUGUGAUGAUAUUUUGAAUAUUAUCUCCUUCAUAAUAUUUAAUAUGGCUGGCUACUAAAUAUUGCAACCAACCACGAUUAUAUA